UUUCUUCAAACAGAAGUAAACAGAGAGACGGCACCCCCUCAACUCCUAGAGAACCGCGGAAACGACCGCCCCCAUCUCUUUCUCUCUAAAAAAUACUUUUCAAACCCCAUUCUCUCUCUCUCUCUCUUUCUCUCUCCUCCGCCGUCCUCCGAUUUCCUCUCUCUCCAACCACCGCUGAUCUCUCUCUCUCACCCGAUCUAGGGUUUCCCCGCUCCCAGAUCCCGAUAUCCGAAACCCUAGAUCGAAUCUUCAGCUGAAUCCGAUCCAGAUCUCUCUCUCUCUCUUCGAUCAUGGAGGCAAUGGAGGAAUUGACUCAGCUCUCUCAGUCAAUGGUGCAGGCCGCAGCUCUCCUCGCCGACGAGGACGUCGACGAGUCGUCGCCGGCGUCGUCGAAGCGGAGCUCCACUUUCCUCAACGUCGUCGCUCUCGGCAACGUCGGCGCGGGGAAAUCUGCGGUGCUGAACAGUUUGAUAGGGCAUCCGGUGCUGCCGACGGGGGAGAAUGGGGCGACGAGGGCGGGGAUCAGUAUUGACUUGCAGAGAGAUGGGUCGCUGGGCAGUAAAGCGAUCAUAUUGCAGAUUGAUAACAAAUCUCAGCAGGUUUCAGCGAGUGCUCUUAGGCAUUCUCUACAAGAUAGGUUGAGCAAGGGGAGCAGGGGUCAAGGAGAUGAGAUAUAUUUAAAACUCCGCACCAGUACAGCUCCUCCGUUGAAAUUAAUUGAUCUUCCAGGCUUAGAUCAGAGGGUUAUGGAUGAUUCAAUGGUUACUGACUACGCUGCACGUAAUGAUGCAAUAUUACUAGUUGUAGUGCCAGCUGCCCAAGCACCAGAAAUUUCUUCUUCUCGUGCCCUCAGACUGGCCAAGGAACUUGAUGCUGAAGGGACAAGAACAAUUGGAGUUAUUAGCAAAAUUGAUCUAGUAACUACAGACCAGAAGGUUCUUGCAGCUGUUCAGGCUCUUCUGUUGAAUCAGGGGCCAUCAAAAACUUCUGAUAUUCCAUGGGUGGCUCUGAUUGGCCAAUCUGUUUCUAUUGCUUCAGCACAAGCUGGAUCAGUUGGUGAAAAUUCACUUGAAACUGCUUGGAAAGCUGAGAGUGAAAGUCUCAGAUCUAUACUGACUGGAGCCCCUCAGAGUAAGCUUGGUAGGGUAGCUUUGGUAGAUACCCUUGCCAAACAAAUACGUAAGCGAAUGAAAGUCAGGCUUCCCAACCUUCUCUCUGGGUUGCAGGGAAAGUCUCAGAUUGUGGGGAAUGAAUUGGUAAGACUUGGUGAACAAAUGGUACACAGCGCUGAAGGAACUAGGGCCAUUGCUUUGGAACUCUGCAGAGAAUUUGAGGAUAAAUUCCUCGAACAUAUUGCCACUGGUGAGGGUGGAGGAUGGAAAGUUGUUGCUAGUUUUGAAGGAAAUUUUCCCAACAGAAUCAAACAGCUUCCACUUGACAGACAUUUUGAUAUAAAUAAUGUGAAAAGAAUUGUCCUCGAAGCAGAUGGUUAUCAACCUUACUUGAUAUCUCCUGAAAAGGGGUUAAGAUCUUUAAUAAAAGGUGUUCUGGAGCUCGCAAAAGAACCUUCGCGCCUUUGUGUAGACGAGGUGCAUCGUGUUCUGCUUGAUAUAGUUUCUUCUGUUGCAAAUGCUACACCUGGACUAGGUAGAUACCCACCAUUCAAGUGUGAGGUUGUUGCCAUUGCAUCUGCUGCUUUGGAAAGGUUUAAAAAUGAGGCCAAAAAGAUGGUUGUUGCUCUAGUUGAUAUGGAACGUGCUUUUGUUCCUCCACAACAUUUCAUCCGCUUAGUUCAAAGGAGGAUGGAGAGACAGCGGCGUGAAGAUGAGCUGAAGAAUCGAUCCUCAAAGAAAGCACAUGAGGCGGAACAAGCCAUAUUAAACAGAGCAACAAGCCCUCAAACAGGAUCCCAGCAAACAGGUGGUACCUUGAAAUCAAUGAAAGAGAAAAACCAAAGUGAUAAAGAUGCGAAAGAGGGUUCAACAUUACAAAUUGCUGGUCCUGCUGGAGAAAUAACAGCAGGAUAUUUGCUGAAAAAAAGUGCCAAAACGAAUGGCUGGAGCAGGCGAUGGUUUGUGUUGAAUGAAAAAAGUGGAAAACUUGGAUACACAAAGAAGGAAGAGGAGAGACAAUUCCGUGGUGUCAUCAUUUUGGAGGACUGUAGUGUGGAAGAGGCGGAUGAUGAGGAACCCCCUAAAAGUUCCAAGGAAUCAAAGAAAGCAAAUGGAUCGGAUACUAGAAAAGUUUCAAAUCUUGUCUUCAAGAUAACGAGCAAGGUCGCUUACAAAACUGUUCUUAAGGCUCAUAGUGCUGUUGUCUUGAAGGCUGAGAACAUGGCGGACAAAGUUGAAUGGGUUAACAAAAUAAGAAAUUUAACCCAAUCAUCUAAGGGAAGUGCAAAGGGACCUGGUCCUGAAACUACUUCCUCAAUGAGGCAAAGCCACUCAGAUGGUUCUCUAGACACAAUGACGAGAAGACCUGCUGAUCCUGAAGAAGAACUUAGAUGGAUGUCCCAGGAAGUUCGAGGUUACGUAGAAGCUGUUUUGAACAGUCUUGCUGCAAACAUUCCAAAGGCUGUUGUGCUUUGUCAAGUGGAAAAAGCUAAAGAAGAUAUGCUGAAUCAAUUGUAUAGUUCUGUAAGUGCUCAGAGCAAUGUAAAGAUUGAAGAGCUUCUACAAGAGGAUCAAAAUGUCAAGCGGAGGCGAGAGAAGUUCCAAAAGCAGUCAUCUCUGCUCUCGAAGCUUACUCGUCAGUUAAGCAUCCAUGACAACCGAGCAGCAACUGCUGGUUGGUCUGAUAGCAGCGGUGGAGCAGAGAGUCCAAGGACACCAAGAGUCGAAUCCGGUGAUGACUGGAGAUCAGCAUUUGGUUCAGCGUCAAAUGGACCAUUAAGUCAUUCUAACUCCACUGGUAGGUCAAGCAGUGCCAAUGGUCACAGCCGAAGGCAUGAGUCAUCCCAGAAUGGUGAUGUAGGAGGAUACGGACCGAACUCUGGCAGCCGCCGGACUCCCAACCGGCUGCCACCNNNGCCACCGGCACCCCCUGGCAGUGGCAGCUCCUCAUCGAUGUUCAGGUUCUAGCUAGGUUUCAGGUUUGAGGGUUUAGGUUCGAUCAUAUAUUCUUUUGUUACAUUCAGCUCCCUUUUGCUUGUCAAUGUUUCGACAAGUUGGGAGGUUCAGGCCAUUCCAGGGGGUGGGAAAGAAGAAGCUUGUUUAACGUUUGUAUCCUUACAUAUUGAUAUGAUUUAGAUGAAUAGAGGAAAUUUAUUUCCUCGGAAUAGAGUUCUGAGGAUAUACUGGAAAACAAUACAUCGGUGCCGUUGGUGCCUUUGUUUAUCCAUUGCCUUCAGUGUCGAUUUUCGUAUUAGUUCAAGGCGUACACAGUUCCCCUGUAUUUCAUGUUCCAGUUCAUCAAUCAGAUGAAGACGAUGCUUGUGUUCGGAUGUAAAAUUUUUUUGUUUUUUUGUUUCUCUUCUUUUCUUUUCUUUGUAUGUUUUCCUUUGUAUCUAGUAUCAAUGCUCUUGAUAAUACCGGAUGAAUUUAGCUGUUUCCAUCUCAAA